UGACUAGUAGAAGCCAUUUUGUUGUCUGUAGUUGUUGAGGUGUAGUACAGGAAUCUUUGUUGUGACAGAAUUCCCGAUCAGCUUUAAAAUGGCAUACCGUGGAGACAACCGAAUAUAUGUUGGAAACUUACCCCCAGAUAUCAGGACAAGAGAUAUUGAGGACCUCUUCUACAAAUACGGAAGGAUCUCUUUCAUAGAUCUGAAAAACAGACGAGGGCCGCCAUUUGCUUUUGUCGAGUUCGAAGAUCCUAGGGAUGCUACAGAUGCAGUGCGAGAAAGGGAUGGUUAUGACUAUGAUGGCUACACACUGCGAGUGGAGUUCCCACGAGGUACAGGACCUGGUAGCCGGGGGAGAGGUCGAGGAGGUGGCAGUGGAAUGGGCGGUGGGCGGGGAGGACCACCGUCAAGACGUUCGGAGUACAGAGUUCUUGUGUCAGGUUUGCCACCAACUGGCAGCUGGCAGGAUUUGAAAGACCACAUGAGAGAAGCUGGAGAUGUGUGCUAUGCUGAUGUGUACAAAGAUGGAACUGGGGUUGUGGAAUUCCUGAGGAAAGAAGAUAUGAAAUAUGCAGUCCGCAAAUUGGAUGAUUCCAAGUUUCGCUCCCACGAGGGUGAAGUAGCUUACAUUCGAGUGAAAGAUGACUUCCGGUCCAGAGGAACACGCUCACGAAGCGGCUCUCCACAGCGACGAACGAGGGGUUCACCGAGAUACUCGCCCAUGAGAUCUCGAUCAAGAUCAUUUUCACGUUCUUCAUACUGAUUUCAUGAUAAAUACUAAUCAAAGAGAGUUUUUAGCGUUCAAUUGAUUGCAUACUAAUGCGACCACCCUAUCAUGUUUUUAGCUUCUCAUGAUAUGUGGGAAUUUUUCCUGGGGUUUUUAAUCACUGAUUGUGGGCAUGUCUUUACCUGUGGCACUAUAACUGACCUUCUUGUCAUUUCCCUAGGUCCUGUCUCACAAUGGUAAAUGGUUCAGGAUGUACAAGGGAUAGAAGCAGCAUUCCCGGAUUUGGGGAAACAUUUAUUCUUUUGCACUACAAGCUUGGUGUUGAUGAACAGGGGAUGUUCAGUUUUUGGAUCCUUGCGUAAGGAAAAUGUGUUCUGACAGUUAGUGCUCAGUCUGAAAAUAUACAGGUUUUAAUUCUAAACAAUUGCACAUAAAAUUAGUUCUGAUAAUUGGAUAACAUAAAGUUUAAAAACUAAAAGCCAAGAAGGUACCACCAGUUCAAACCAUUAGCCCCCAAUCAUUUUGAACUUGACAAAUUAUUUGUUGAAAUUAUCACUCUUAACCCCUACUCUAUUUUUUCAUUUUUCUUUGAAUUCUGUUAGCCUCCAUGGUGUAACACUGGAGGGUGACAUCCACCAAAGUGGACAUUGGAUCUAAGCUCUCGAUAAAGUCUUGGAAAUGGAUUCACCUGUCAUGGGAUUUCAUUAUAUCACUCUACAUUUGUAACAAAAACCUGGAGUUUGCCAAAAGCACAAAUGGAAAUCUAGCAACCUGGAAUAAUCUUGCUCUCAAAUAUAAUUCUGGAAAAGUUAGAUUGUAAGAGCUGCUCCAGAUCAUGGAUCUUGUGGAUUUAUUCUUUGGAGGAAGCUACAAUACCUUUCAUAAGGAAGUGAGGAAUACGCGUUUGAGGAGUUCUCUAAAAGCCUUGGUUUGAAAAGGAAUCCACGGAUUAAUAUGGUUGCAUUUUUUAUCAUUUCUCACACAUUAAUCGCAGGAUCACUAGAAUCAUGUACAAUAAAGUAUUGGUGGGUAAAUCCUUUCCAGGAUUAUUGCAGCUAUACCUUAAAAGUGUUUGAAGGACUUUCUCAUCGUAGGAUCAUAGGACACGUAGAGAGGAAACUGAAUGGAGAAAAUCUAACGGGACGGAGUGCUUUCUGUCGGGUCAUCCAGUCGAACACUCGCGUGGGAAACAACCUGAUAAUAAUAGCCCUCCAAAGAGUAAUCCAGUACCGAUUCCACGCCAAGCUGUGCAUCUGGUCCCAAGGCUCUGAAUGAUAAUUGCGCUGAAAGAUUGCCAGAGUCAGGCGCAGAGCAGGAUGGAAUUGGAGCAGCAAAAUGGAGUAGGAUAUUAAGUGUGAAAUGGAAUCCGAUCUGCAUCACUGUUUGUCGAUUAGAGGAUCUUAUAUUGGUUUGGACACGUAACAAGGUUCCACUGGAGCCCAACAUUUGUACCCUGGAGGACUUCUUCCUGGGGAGCCUAGCAAUCAAUUCAGUAGGAUCAUAUCUGGGCUAGGAACAAAAUUGUAUUGGUUGGGUAUUUAUGGUUGAAUGGAUAUCAGAAGGAUCCAGUCGUACAGUCUCUGGAAGGAUCGUAUCUUUAGGAUAAGGAUCCGAACAUCCAGUGGCACCAUUUUAGGGAUCUGGAAUGGAUUGUUAGUGCUGGGAUAUUGGAUCUAGGAAGCUAGGAACACACCUGGGAAGGAUUGCUAUGCUAGGAUGGAAGGAUCAUUUCUUGAGGAUCCAACAUAGGUUUAAGUUGCAUCGUUAUGGAUCUGGAAAAGAUGGUUAGUGCUGGGAUAUUGCAUCUAGGAAUCCAGGAACACACCUGGGAAGGAUUGCUAUGCUAGGAUGGAAGGAUCAUUUCUUAAGGAUAAGGAUCCGACAUAGGGUUAAGUUGCAUCGUUAUGGAUCUGGAGAGGAUGGUUAGUGCUGGGAUAAUGGAUCUAGGAUGGAUUAGGAUGCUAGGACCUGCACAUGGUGGGAUAAGAACACCUGGGAAGGAUUGCAAUGCUAGGAUAACAGGGAUCCAUGUUUGGAUAUGCUUAGUAUGCGUUCGGAUAAGGCUGUGCUCAACAUUCUGUUGGAUGAGGGUACAUAGGGGAACAUAGGAUGGAUUAAAAGGCUAGGAUCUGCACUGUAGGAUUACCCUCUGUGAAGAAUUAGACACGGGGUUCCAGUUUGCUUGGAUAACAGGUUAAGUAUUGCCCAUUUUUAUCCAAUCCAAUGCCCAGUUUUCGGUUAUGCGUACGGUAAAUAUGUUCAUGUAUUUCUGCGUUUGUAUUUUUUUUUCUUCUAAGUAUUCUACCCUCAAUGUGCUUUUCACUUGACAAUCUCAACCAUCGGUAAAUUCUUACUACCAUGAAUGAGUCCAAACAGAUUUGUCCGUCAAACCAUUUUGUCAUUUCCAAUAAAGGAUUUAUUCCAAAACCAAGUUUUCUUGUAUUCUUU